AUGCCGGCGGCGGGGCUGCGUGUCCGCGGCUGCCCUCCCUUGUGGCUCUUGUCGGGGAGGGCAGAGUGCCGGCUCCACGACGCGACGGCAAGGUUUUUGAGCGAAAGCUCUGCUCAGCUCUUGGCGGGGCCAGCGAUGAGGAUCGACGUUGGGCGCUUUUUCCUUUUUGAAGGCAUCGCUGAAGAACCUCUUGCUGCCUCCUCACCUUGGUCAGCCAGGCUACUGCGGUUCUCCUCGGGUUCCCAAGCAUUCACUGUGACACAUGGCUGGCUGGGCUACAUCUCAACGCCCACUGGUUCAAAGAGCAAAUUAAGUUGA